AUGGAGGAGGCGGCGUACGUGCUGAGCCCCGUGAGUGCAAAUCUACAACUGUCCCAUGAGCCUGCCAACAAUCUCCUGUGCCUGGGACGCAAUGUCCACGUGCACAACAGGAAGAUCAAGCUCAUGGUUGCCACGGAGGAGUUGGCUGAGGUCUUCCUCCGACGGUCUCAGGUGAAGCAUCUUCGAAGCAUCAAGAGUGACCUCAACGAAGAGGCACGAAAGUUUCACCUGAUGCUGGUUCCAGAGGCGGAUCAGAAGGAGAUCAACCAGGAUGCCGGUGACUCGACUGAUGAGUACAGCCAACUCUACGAGCGAUCAAUUGCAGAGGCCUGGCAGAUCCUGUCCCCGGACCUGAGACCGUUGUCGCCAGAAGACGAACGGCGGAAGCAACUCCUCGAGGAUGCCUUGUCAGCCCGGCUUCUGGCCCGAGCCCGCUGGAAGGUGGAGAGGAAGGCUGAGGUGCUGAACGAAGAGGUCGUCCGCCGCAAGCGCAGGCAGGAGGAGUCCCGCGUGGCAGAGCAGAGGAAGAAGACCGGCUUGCUAGGGCGUUUCUGGGGCCGGCAGGAGUCGGAGGACGAGGUGGAGGCGCCAGAGACGGCGCUCCUCUCAUCCGAGGAGAAGGAUCAACUGCUCACCGAUCUGAAAGACGUGAGCAAGGUGGAGCAAGUGGACGUGCCGAAGAGGUUCAGCUUCGAAUUCGUCCUGGGGCAGAUGGCCUUAGACCUGAUCGACGACCAGCACCAAGACGAGGUGCGCCGCCAGCUGAUGAGCCUUGCACUGCGCGAGGCUGGUAUCAAGCUAGACAUCAACAUGGCCACGGACUUCCGGGGACGUGAUUCUGCGGAAUGGGGGAUGAAGAUCGAUCUGAAGUCCUUCCAUGCGCUGCACCAGACAAGGGCCUUCAUGCAGUUGAAGUCCGUGGGCUUGGAUGGAAAGGACCACUCCCAGUGGCUCUCAGACGGCUCCAGUGCCGCCAGUUUCGACAUCCAGAGCAAGCUCCAGAAGGAGCAGAACUUGCUGGACAUCUCAUUCAAUUUCAUGCCCGUGGAGAUCAACCUUCUCGAGGGGAUCGUAGAGAUGGUUCUGGAAUUCUGGCGCGAGCCCCCUCGAGCAGAGCUGGAGGUGCUGCCAGAGGUCCAGGACGAGGAGGAAGUCGAUGAGGGGAUGGAAAUGGCGAAGGAUUGGCUGGAGGCAAACGCCAAGCAGGCGAAGCAGUUGGCGCAAGCUGCGUACGAUCGCAUCCCCGACAAGAUCCACCUCGAGUCUUUCGGUGGAUGA